GUGGUCACACCUGUGAUGGCGGGUGAGCAGCAUCUUUCCAUCUACCUGCUCGGCCGCACCCAUCUGCAGGGAGGCGGCUAUAAAACGCAUCCUCCGGGCUGCCUUCAACACCAGCUGCUCCGCACCUCUCCAGGGCUCAGACUACUUCCAGUGAAAUCCAGCACCAGGGUCAGAAGAGAAGCCACCAUGUCCAACCGCUUUGGAUUAUCCUCCAUGUCCUACUCCUCCGUCAAGUCCAUGACGAGCUCCAGGCGCGGAACGAGCGUCCAUGGCGGCGCGGGCGGUAAAAACGUCCGGGUGUCCUACGCCUCCGACGGCAUCGGCUCCGGGUUCGACCUGAUGUCUGCGGUCGGAGGAGGUGGCGGAGGAAACAUGAUCUCGGGCAGUGAGAAGGGGACCAUGCAGAACCUGAAUGACCGGCUGGCCACCUACCUGGAGAAGGUCCGCGUCCUGGAGACCACCAACGCGCAGCUGGAGCUUCAGAUCCGCCAGUGGUACGAGAAGCAGGCCCCCGCUGUGAAGGACUACAGCAGGUACCAGCCCAUCCUGGACGAGCUGCGCAACAAGAUAAAUGUUGCCACACAGGACAAUGCCAGGCUGAUGCUGCAGAUUGACAAUGCCAGACUGGCAGCAGAGGACUUCAGGAUCAAGUUUGAGAAUGAGAUGGCGAUGCGCAUGUCUGUGGAGCAGGACAUCGCCGGACUGCGCAAGGUUCUGGAUGAGCUGACCAUGGCCCGGUCGGACCUGGAGAUGCAGAUCGAGGGCUUGAAGGAGGAGCUGGUCUACCUGAAGAAGAACCAUGCAGAGGAGCUUGCAGCCAUGCGCAAUCAAAUGAAUACCAGCUCUGUGAACGUGGAGGUGGAUGCCAAGCCCCAGGCGGACCUGAGCGCUGUCAUGGACGAAAUCAGGUCUCAGUAUGAGGGCAUUGCCGAAAAGAACCGCCGCGAAAUGGACGCCUGGUACAAGGUCAAGUUUGAUGAACUGAACAAGCAGGUGUCAACCAGCACAGAGAUCCUCCAGAGCUCCCGCAGCGAGAUCAACGAGCUCAAGCGGACCCUGCAGUCUCUGCAGAUUGAGCUGCAGUCCCAGCUCAGCCUGAAAUCUGCCUUGGAGACUACACUGUCUGAGACCGAGUCCAGCUACAGCAUGCAGCUGAGCCAGCUCCAGGAUAGGGUCUACCACCUGGAGAGUGAGCUCAGCAAAAUGAGGACGGACAUCGAGAGGCAGUCCGCCGAUUACCAGCAGCUUCUUGACAUCAAGACCAGGCUAGAGAUGGAGAUCGCAGAGUACCGAAGGCUGCUGGAUGGAGAGGAUUCAAGCAAAUCUUCUGCCACCAUCGUACAAAAGACUGUGGUCAAAGAGGUCAAAAAAUCUAAACCAGUCAUUACCCAGAGGACUAGAGUUGUGAUUGAGGAGAUAGUUGAUGGAAAAGUGGUGUCCCGCACAGAAGAUCUGCAGACAGAGACCAUCCAAAAUGGAGUGAAAGCAUCCCAAUCAAUAAUAUAAAAUCUGAAAUAAAUCCACACAGGCCUUCCUGUACUACUAAAACAAACCAGUAAACGAGUUAUUACUUUACCCAGUUCUGAAAUCUAAACCCUAAUCUUUAAUAUUUGUUUCCUUCUGCAGUCUGAUUUUUUUUACAGAAAAUAUGUAUUUUGAUAGGAAAUGCACUAUUAGAUAGAAUAUUGAGACCUUUCAUUCUCUGACCACUGAGGCAUAGAUACAUUGGUUUGGGUGGGGUGUACAGGUCAUUGUCAUAGAAAAUAUUGGUCCAUUUUGUGGUAGUGAUGUGUUUAUUGUGAAAUAUAAUGUUAAAGAUGUUGAAUGUAGCAUUUUUACAUUUGACAUAUUGUCAAUUAAGACUUAGACUAGUAAAUCUACCAUUAACAAAGUAAACAAUUGUAAAGAUGAACCUGUAAUGUAAGUACUUCAGAUCUCAGUUACGACUUUAUUUGUAUUAACCCUCCUGUGCUUGGUUGUGAAAGGGCUGCUAGCAACUUGGUUUUUCAACUUUCGGAACAGAAUAAAAUUUGACCUUCCA